CAUUAAAUGAUGGAAUUAAAUUUAUUGCUGAGUAUCAUAUUAUUCCAUAACCAGCAUUAGUUCAACAAAAGCAAAGACCUGGCCCAGAAACUCCUGUGCCCUUUGCACCAGAUCCCAGGGUGAGGGGUUGGGGCUCCUGGGGGCUUCAGUAGUGAUUGGCUGUCUUCUGGGCUCCUGUGGUGCCUUCUCAGUUGGUGGUGGACUGGCCAUCCUGAGGGGUCCUGGACAGAAAGGGGCCUUUGGCCUGCUGCUGGGGGGUGGAUGAAGACAGACUGCCCGCCCACCCCGUGCCUGGGAGCCCACGCAGGCUAUGCACACUGGAAGGGUCAGGUGCUGAACUCAGAUGAACUCCAGGAGCUGUAUGAUGGUCUGAAGCUGAACGACGUGAACAAAUAUGACUACGUGCUCACGGGUUACAUGAGGGACAAGUCCUUCCUGGCCAUGGUGGUGGACAUCGUGCGGGAGCUGAAGCACCAGAACCCCAGGCUCGUGUAUGUGUGCGAUCCAGUGAUGGGUGACAAGCGGGAUGGUGAAGGCUCCAUGUACGUUCCAGAGGAUCUCCUUCCAGUUUACAGAGAAAAGGUUGUGCCGGUGGCGGACAUUAUAACCCCCAACCAGUUUGAGGCCGAGUUACUGAGUGGCAGAAAGAUCCACAGCCAGGAGGAGGCGUUAGCGGUCAUGGACAUGCUGCACUCAAUGGGCCCCGACACGGUGGUCAUCACCAGCUCCGACCUGCCCUCCCCUCGGGGCCCCGACUACCUGAUCGCGCUGGGGAGCCAGAGGAUGCGGAAGCCCGACGGUGCCGUGGUGAUGGAGCGCAUCCGCAUGGAGAUGCACAAGGUGGACGCAGUCUUCGUGGGCACUGGGGACCUCUUUGCCGCCAUGCUCCUGGCGUGGACACACAAGCACCCCAAUGAUCUCAAGGUGGCCUGUGAGAAGACUGUGUCUGCCAUGCACCAUGUUCUGCAGCGCACCAUCAAAUAUGCUAAAGGCCAGGCUGGGGAAGGACAGAAGCCCAGCAUGGCCCAGCUGGAGCUGAGGAUGGUCCAGAGCAAAAAGGACAUCGAGAACCCGGAGAUCGUGGUCCAGGCCACGGUGCUGUGAGGCGGCAUGCCUCCGCCUCCCGACGCACGGCCUGUUGGUGUCUCCAUUUCAUUCCUGUGAAAAAUGUAACGUCUGCCUUAGAGCUGUGAUCGAAACUUGAUAUUUUUUUCUCUCAUGAGUGUCCAGCAUCAACUGGUCUUAAUUGUGAAAGUGUGCCAGUCGUGCUUUUUAAAAAUAACAAAGCGAUCACUGAAAUGUCUAGUUUGGAAACCCAGCUCCCCUCCCCCCGAAGGCCCCUGGGCCUCCCUAGAAAACCAGCUCCGUGUUGACUGUUUCGGGGGUGUCCUCCUUGGGCCUCCCCGGCUGGUUCAGGGGUCUGUGGGAUCCCCGUCCCAUGUGGGCUGGGCCUGGGGAAGCCCCCAUGUCUGUGCGUCUCUGAGACCAAGUCGGGUUUUAACGGUCCGCAUUGGAGGAAUUAUGCCAAAUAUCUUUA